CGCUAACUAUUAAUUUUUUACAUUUUCACAGGUAAAUCUGAGUUUUAUUUGGAAGAAUGAGGCUCUGAAGGAGCUGGCGUCAUACGAGCCGUGGGGGAAGCCGGGCGGCGGCGCGCCCAACAAGCACGGCUUCCGCUUCACCGAUAUACGAGCUCGCGGCAUUUACCCUGAUGAUGAGAUAAAGGGCAUAGCGGGGUAUGAAGAGUGGCGUCGUUGGUCUUCCCCUAAAAGGCGUGCCACGCGCACCGCGCGCGCCCCUGUUCGUCUGCGAGAGGACCCACAGCUGUUCUUCGCGGAGCAACUACGCCGCGCCGUUGACAACGACAUACGAUACAAACAAACCGCAGACCAAAAGAAGAGAUACAAAGAAAUAUUAGAUAACAUGGUUGAAGAGAGAAAUAAAGUAAUUAGAGAUGAGAUGAGACACAACUUAGAGUAUGAGCGUAAAAUGCAUACUAUGGCAGGCCCUUGGGGAAAACCAGGACCCGGUGGUGUAGUUUGGAGGAACCCUCGAAAUAUCGGUUUGAAUUUUUCUAAAUCUAUGGGAUGGACAAACAACGAAAUGUUUGACAAAUUAAAAGGAGAACACAAUGGUUACAAAAGAUCUUCGCUUACUUUGCCAGUUGUAAAGAGAGAUGAUGAUUUGAAAGACCGAGGGUCAGAUGGACAGAAUAAAUCUUCAACGAUAGAAAAAUUACCAGACAUUUCAAACCAAUCAAGUCCAAAUAUUAACAUAGAUGCGGGAAAAGUCUGCGAUAGUCCGUUAAAAGAAUCAAAUGGUCUUUAUAACGGUAAUAAAACUCAUCGGCAAGGUAAAGUUAAACGAUUGUGCAAUGGACGGCGGGAUACGAAAUCUAUUGUCGAUGAUAUUGACAAUGCUGCAAAUGCAAUAGAGAAAAAGCCAACACCGGAAGGUACAAUACAGCGAAUGACAGGAGGUAUAGAACUUGUACCACUGCUGGCUCGGGGCAGGCGAGUAGGCGCGCGUACAUUGCCAUCUAGCGACGUGACACGACCCCCGGAGCAGACGUGUCAAUGGCGCGAAAUAUUGGAUGUUGACUACUUAAAACAGUUGAAACAGCAAAUGCGGGCGAAAUCCGUACUUAAGGAAGAGAGCAGGAGAGACUCUGCGGAGAGAGUGGUUCGUCACCACGCGACGUGGUCAUCGUGGUGGGGCCGGCCGGGGCACGGCGCACCGCAGCGCGGCCGCUACGCCAGGAACAACCUCGCGCAGCUACUUUACAUGCCGCCACUGGACAAAGAGAAUUUACAUAAAUUAUGUUAA